AUGAGAGUGCUGGCAGGAUUAUCGCUUUUCGGAUUAGGGAGUGCCUGCGGAGUUUUGUGAGUACCGGUAGCGUAGAGUAGCUGACCGACCACCCCCCAACCCCCUCUUCCUCCUCUCGUUAACCUCAUCCCUGAAAAUAUCCACCCCUGAUCCAUUCACCGGAUAAACUAACCAUCGCCACGGCAAUCCCUAGAGUUCACAACGAAGUCUUCCAACGUUCCGCCGACGUAUUCACCCUCCCGACUUCGAACGAUGACAUCUCUGCGCACCAAGGAGUCUUCUCCCGACUGCUAAAGAUCCACACAGAGUCUGUGCAGGCAGGCGCCUUCUUCCCGGACUGGGGCUACCAGUGCCUCAACACCAACGACGAUGCGGAAGCCGCGCACUGGCCGCCCUUCCUAAUCGCUACCGUCGAACACAUAAACUCUCGAUACGGCAGUCUGACCUCCAAGCAGCGCACGCCGGAGGAGCAGGAGCAUCUGGAGAAACUUAUUGGGUUUGUAUUCGCCGUGGCCAGUCAUCAGGUGGCGGACGCGACGUGGCAUGCUAUCCGCCUCCCCACGGGAUUUCUGAGCGCGCUGGCGGGCGUGGACUUUGACGGGGAUGAGGCUGCCGCGCAUAGGGUUUUGGACCUCGGCGGGGAUGUGAUACUUUCCUCCAGGAUUGCGCGCAACGGGGAGGACGGGAAGGUUUGGAUUGGGGAUAAGUGGUGGGUUCCUAUCGAGGAUCUUGUGGCCAUUUAUUCGCGCAUUGGGAGGGAUGUUUCGAGCUUUGUUAUGAGGUAUUGCACUAUGCGGGGAUUAGCAGCGCUGAGGAGUGGGUUAGCGAUUGGGCCCGGUUUGUGAGUGUCCCUGUCAAAUUGUUGGUGGGGGUAGUGACUGAUCAGGGUAGGUAUGAUACCGUCGCCUCGGAUUCGCCAAUGCUCACAGCGGAACUGGACGGGUACUACCUUGGUGGUAUCAACGAGAUGGCUGCGAGGUCGGUUAGUUGUUGGGCAAAUUUGACGAAAUGGAUCGCUUUCGGGAUAGACAAAGAGGAGAAAUUAAUCAACGGCUGGGGGAUUUGCGACGUCUUCCGCGCGAUUCGGGCAAGAGGAGGCGCUGGCGGCUCCUUACAUGGCAAGCAUAGAGAACGGAAGAUGGUGGAUGAGAAAAUGAAAAAUUACCCCGGUGGGAUAACAUUCACGAAGGAUGAAUUCGGCGCUGAGAGUUAUCACGUCCCGGGAAUGCAUCCUCCCAGUGUGGACGAACCAAAACACCCAGAGCUCAGCCAGGAUGCACCAGGGCUCGGCGAUCCGAGAUAUAUUUCGGCGUAUAAAUCCUACUCCCACUUUGGCGCAUCGCUAUCAAUCGGGGAGUUCUCUCCAUUUGAUGAUGGUCAGGCACUCGCAGUAGGUGCGCCCUGGGAAACCACAGACUCUUCGAAGCCAGGGGAAGGGGGCGUCUACAUUUUGCCAUUAAAAGAUUUUGCAAACUCCACCCUCCAAUCGGCUCCAGACCUUCUCCCGCUGAUCAAUCAACCGACUGCGUCCACAGACCAGCGAUUCGGAAUCUCUUCCACGCCUUGGAGAAUAAUGAACGCCACAUUCUUAGCUGUGGCAGCGGCCGGACCGUUAACCUACGACCCUAGCACGCCCCCGUCACUUCCCUUCCAGGGCACCUCCCCAGCGGGGAAGAUCCACGUUUUCCCGAGGGGUAGUGGGUCAAGUCUGUUCUCUAUAACCUUCAAGGGCGCAGAACUCGGCAGCAUCGGGCAGCGGUGGUGGGGAGAAACCAUGCUAUCAGCCGAUCUCGCUGGCAACGGUGAAGAAAAACUAAUAGUCUCGGGCUCACGCAGCGAUGGGCUACGCAUCUGCGAGGGCAGAGGGAAGGCACAAUUGGGCGAGGGUGAAAUUGCAAUCAUUUCCCUGCAUCAACCUCCCCCCUCCCCCUCCCCCUCGGACCAGCCCAUACACUUGGAAUCAAGGGACCGGAGUAUAGCCCUAACAGCCACAAUCCUCUCCCUCCCAGAAAGUGUGAAAACAACCCCGUGUUCCAAAACUUCCACUUACGAAAAUUUUGGCACGGCAAUUACCUUUUCCGCACAUUCCCGCACCCUCUUCGUUAGUGCGCCGGGAACCUCCAGCGUUUUCGCCUACCGCUGGAACCCGGAAUCCUCCUCUCUUGAACACGUAUAUACAAUCCCAGCCCCACGCGCCCCGCGCCCCUUCUCCCCGUCCUCCUCACCCCCUCGGAGCAACUUUGGCGCUGCCGUGACCGCCGGCUUCACUUCGAGUGUAGAAUGGCUCGCCAUUUCCUCUACAAACGAGGACGUGGACGGCGUCAAGCAAUCCGGCAUACUUAGAGUGUACACCCUCUCCGAGACCGCCGCGGAACUAGUCGCGGAAGUGGUCCCGGAAAAGAUGGGCGCGGAGUGGGCGCGUUUCGGUAAAGUCCUCGCCAAGGACGGGGACAAUGGGUUAUGGAUCGGUAGUGAAUUCUGGGAUGCGGGACGGGGCGCGGUUUGGUGGGUUGAUGUUGGGAAGAUACUUGACGGGGACCAGGCAGUCGUGCGUGCUCAGGUUGUACUCAAAGAGCAGGGAGAAGCGGUCAAGAAAAUCUCUCUAAAGCCCGUGAGGGUCGGUCAGGAAGCCAACGUAUUUCCACCCCUCCCCAGUCACUACUCUUUUACAAAUCAAGGGGAACUAAGAGCAUUAGGCACGCUUCGCAACAUCAAUCGUAUCCGGCGCCAACGGAGAAUUAAUCGUCGGAAUACCACGCGCGGGUGUUACGCAUCCCCUCCAGAAGGAGAGGUUUUUUGGAUAUGUGGCGCUUUUUUGGAGGGAGUGAGGUAUGGGCAGGGAGGGUGGUGUAGGUGUAUGGAGGGGGAGAUGGAUAUAUUGCAGUUUUUGAAAUAGGAAUAAUGUGAUACCUUCGUAAUAUACAAUUUUUAGCUUU